GCGGCCAUCGGGAAGACGCACAAGUCUCCUCUUACACUCAUCGCGUCCGCAGUGGACGCCAGCACGUACUGGACAGGUAGGCUGAACGAGUACAUCGAGAAGUUACCAGCGAUGCUGCAGCACAGGAAUGCCAUCCAACAUGCUGAAGGCGUUAUCAGGGCGUACAAUCCGUCAGAGUGUGAUUUGGACAAGCUCAUGGGUACACUGGAAAGUCUGGUUGGCGUGGAAGAGGCCAUCCGCACGGGGGGGAUCGACGCGCUGCUGACUAACAUCGCCCGUUCGAUCAAGGAGACGCGUGUGUAUGUCAUGAGGUUGCCGCAGGAGGAGAUGGAGAUUACGUCGAAAUGGUCUAGGGUCGUCGGGGAGGCCAGCCUGUUAUUCCCUAUGGAUUUGUGGGUCGAUGAGUUCAGGACUGAAGCUGCCAACAAACUUGCCUCGUCCAGCAUGUCCGCGAAGGUUUCCUCCUUGGUCUCUGGAUGCGCUGGUCUCAAGAACAACAUGAGGAACAUCACCACGCACGACGCCCGUGUGCCCAUCAUACAGACAGCCAUCGCCAACCUGAAGGACAUCGCUGGUACUACUCCGAUCCCUGGGGAGUAUUUCACGAGCGAGGGUUUGAGCAUCAUCAACGAGCAAUGUGAGGUAUGCGCCACCGUUGCCGCCCACCUUGUGAAGACGUCGGUGCCAUCUUCCACAGAUUCUAGCCUCAAGACGGCCUCGGAUUUCGCGGCGGGCGUGGUCUCGAUUGCCACCGUUGCGAACUCGAAGACGCUGCAGAAGAUGGCGAAAGUCAUCCAGGCUGGCUGUGCCCUUCAGCUGAGCUGCUUCUCCUUCUGCGGUGAUCAUGCAGAUGUGGACGCGAUGAGCAACGACGAGAAGUCGAUGAAGGUGCUGCCCGACAUGAUGCAGGCGCUCGUGGAGAUGCAGGAGUCCCUGGCCGCCCUCGGACAAAGCGAGGCCGAGUUCUACGCGACGAUGAGCAAGGUCAGUGCAGAUGCGAAGGAGUUUAUCGGCCAGGUCACGGCGAAGGGCUCAGAGAAGGCCACGACGAACCUGGUUGCCAUCAACGAGCGCAUGGCGACGCUCGGCAGGGGGCUUCCUGCUGAGCUGUGCGACGAGCUCGAGGGCGAUUGGUACUCGACCUUCACGGGGAAGACGUUCAAGGAGCUGCUCGUGCACGCCGAGGGGACGCUCCUCAAGUGCGACAUCAAGGCGACUAUUGCGGUGCUCGGCGAGGCGGCUCAGGCGCUCAAGAAGUACAAGCAUGCCCUCGGCCAGGCGGUGCGGCCCGUCGAUGACGGGCUGGUGGCGGACACCGCGAAGCGGAUGGGGCAGUGUAAGACGGUGAAGGCCUUGGGGUGCCUCUUGAACAAGUUCAGGGGCCAGUGCGGCCUCGAGGAGUUGAGGGCUUUCGUGCAGGCGGAGAUUCGGGAGUUCCGCCAGAACAGCGGGCUCAAAGAGAAGGAUUGCUUCCCGCCGCUGGUGCUGCAGCGGGUGGUGCUGGCGCUGCAGCUCAAGGCGGAGGAGGCGCUGAGCUGA